AUGAAAUUUUGUAAGAAUUAAAAACAUCUUGGUUAACAACUUUUUGGAUAUUGCAAAUUGAUAAAUUGUAAUAGUAAGUUAAGAACAUAUUGUGAUAAAUGUAAAUAGAAUCAUGAAGAUCAUCCAUAAGAUUUAUAUUAAUUAGACAACAUAUAAUCUAUCUACUCUUCAAAUUAAUAGAAUACUAUGUAAUUAGGUCUUUUUUAUAAAGAUUUACAAUAAUUUAUGAUAGAAAUCUAAAAAGUAUUGUGCUAAAUAGAUUUGAAUAAUAAUUAAAAAAUGAAUUAUUAGAAUCAAAAUGUUUUGCUAGAUCAAAUAAAUUUAAUGCUAUAGACAUAAAAUGUUUUAAAUUAAAUUUUGCCGAUAUGCUAUACCAUUCGUAAUGAAUGGAAUCAAGUUAUAUAAGAACUUAGUAAUUUGCAUUGUAUUUUAUACUUUUAUUAAUUUAAGUUAAUCAAAAGUCAUUUUAAGAAAUUUAAUAACAAAAUACUGAGAUAAAGAAAUAGAAAACAAUAAAAAAAUAGGAAACAAAAUUCUAGUAAUUAAGUGAAAAGCAAAAUUAAUUUUAAACAAAAUAAAAUUGGGAAAACCUUCAAAUUCAUUUUUCAUAAGAAUUUAAAUAUAAAUGGAUAAAAAUCUUAAAUGAUGGAUUGAUGGCUUAAAAUGAAGAUGAUCGUGGAAUGGUUAUAUGUGAUCCUAUGCUUCCGAGGAAAGGAAAAUAUCAAUUUGCAUUUGGAAUUUCUGAAAAUGCAUAUUUGAUAUGGAUUGGGAUUUGCCAUAAAGAAAUAGUUAUGCAAAGUAACUACACAACAGACUUUAAAUCGGAUAAUGAAAAAGGAAUAGGGUAUUAAAUUGUGUUUAUUUAGAGUCUAUCUUAUAAACAAUUACGGAGUGACUAAUUCACAUAUUAAUGCUGAGAUAAAUAACCUAACUAAUUCUUUUUUCUUUGAACCCAAUGAUCUCAUAGUAGUCUAAGUAGAUAUGGAUUUUGGAAUAAUUAUUUGGUAGAGUAAAAUAUCUAAUAAUUAAUAUGUAAAUUACAUUUUACUAAAUUUUUAGUCAAUGAAAUUCGAUAAAAAUCAAGACGUUCAUCCUUGUGCAGGAAUUACUGCAUUUUCUCCCAUAUAAAUAAUUGAGAAUUUUUGA